GUCCACGUGGCGGCGCUGCAAAGGCGGAUCGUCUUCCUCCUCUGCGUCUUCAUUCCUUUUUUCUCUCUCUUCCGGAAAAAGCCGAAUUUCUGUACUCAAAACCGACGGAAAAAGAACCGGCGAUCGAUCAACUCCAUCAAUGGCGUCUUCAACGGCCACGAUUACAUUCCGCAUAGUGUUGGUCGUUCUGCUCCUCCUCUUCCUCUUCUACGUCGGCCGCCCUCUCUACUGGAAAAUCUCCGCCACCAUCCACGACAUCCGCCACAACAAACAAACCGUUCAGCAAGGUAUCUCACAGAUUGUUCAGGAGGCGCAGAGAUCAAUGCGUUGGUACAGCUACAGCGACGAGUCCGACUCGGGAAUGCGUUCCGGGAAGCAGACCUCUCGGAAGCUCCUCUUUAAGGUUUUGUGAUGUUUUCGCGUUCAAUUUUAGCUGAUUGUGUCGUUUAUCAAUAGAUCUGGUCUGUUUUCGAUGAUGAUAAUUAGUGGAAGUGAUGCUUGAAAUUAUCUUGUUCUUAGUUUAGAUUUAAGAUUUUAAAGUAAUUUUUCACGUUUGUAGAUGUGUGAAUUGUGGUGUUGAUUUAUAGUGACUCUGUUUCUCCAUUGAAGAGUGCAUGUACUGCACUACUGUUCUUGAGCUAGAGAAUAUCUUAUACAUCUAAUACAAAAACGGUAAAUUUCAAUGCAGCUACGAUUAAGAGAAAGUAUUUGAUGUUUGAUCAUUCUAAGUUUACACUGCUAGUGAUUCAGCAGUGAUAACAAUUGAAGCUGAUCUCUCCCUUAAUCAUUUGCUCCAGUUUUUUGGAGCUGUACUCAAAAGGCUUUGUAAGUAAAGCAUCACUCUCACUUCCUAUGUAGUGAAGUUCAAGUUUUCCCAUUUUCAUUUACUGUGGGAGAAGGAGCAUCAUUGUAAAGAAGGUUUCUUUCUCAUGGUUUGCUUGGAAUUCUAUUCUAUAUCUACAACUAAUUUCAUAUCUUUACUUAAAGAACAUAUUGCCAAUCGGUCUUGGCUCAAAGGAACUUGACACAUUCCUAGAGUGUGAAAGGGGAAGUAUGGUCUUUUGUUCAACUGCCUUCAAGGAUCAUUGCAGCCCGUUUAACUGAGAGAUAGAGAAACUUGGAUUAGGAAUUCAAUUGUUAUAUAUUUAUUAAAAAACAGAAGAACAUAUGCAUUGCCCUGUGCCUUUGCAUAUAUAAUUGAACACCUCAAAGACUAUCUUUGGUGCUUGGCUUUUUGCCCCUUGUCCCUUUCCCCUUUCUAUGUUUAACAU